GAUGUGAGUGUUUGGCUGUAGGCAACUCUCUCUAGGCCUAACAACAAAAACAACUAACAGAAGAAUCUGAACUACUUUUGAAUUAUGUUGAACUGAAUACUGACCAUUGGAUUGAAAACACUAGAUCAUUAUUUAUUACUCUAUAAGGAAACAUAAUGAAGAUGGAUCUGGAUUAAAGAAAGUCAAGCACUGAGGCCUGAGGAACAGCAUUUUCUACUUGAAAGGCAGUUUAUCUUUAGCUGAACAUGACAGACUAUGAAGUGUCUGUUCAGCAGCUCAAUGAUCUGUUGACAGACGAAAACGGAGACUUCUGUAUGCCCUCCAAACAUUUCAAUGAAGUUUACCCCGGGAUACUCCUAGGAAAUGAGUCUGUAGCUACAAAUGUAACCCGUCUGCAUCAGCUGGGAGUGACACACAUCCUCAAUGCUGCACAAGGUCAAUCGGACAUGCAUGUGAAUACAGAUGCAGAGUUCUAUGCAGAUACAGGGAUCAUCUACCAUGGGAUACCAGCCUUUGACACUGACCAUUUUGACCUCAGCGUAUAUUUUGAAGAAGCUUCAAAUUUCAUUGAAAGAGCUUUGGCAAUGAAAGGUAAAGUGUAUGUUCACUGUCAGAAAGGCUACAGUCGCUCGGCUGCGCUAGUCAUCGCACACCUGAUGCUGCAGCAAAGGAUGGAUGUCCGAGCUGCUGUGGCCACGGUGAGACAGAGACGCGAGAUCGGGCCCAAUGAUGGGUUCCUGCGCCAGCUCUGCCAGCUCAACGACAGGCUGGAAGGUGAAGGAAUGCUGGGUGUUGAUAAUACCUAA